AUGGGAAGAGCUCCUUGCUGUGACAAGGCAAAUGUGAAGAAAGGGCCAUGGUCACCAGAAGAAGACUCAAAGCUAAAGGAAUACAUUGAAAAAUAUGGAACCGGUGGAAAUUGGAUUGCUCUUCCACAAAAAGCCGGUCUUAAGAGGUGUGGGAAAAGCUGCAGGCUGAGAUGGCUCAACUAUCUUCGGCCAAACAUUAAACACGGAGAGUUCUCAGACGAAGAAGACAGAAUCAUCUGUAGCUUGUUUGCCAACAUUGGUAGCCGGUGGUCAAUUAUAGCUGCUCAGCUGCCAGGCAGGACUGACAACGAUAUCAAGAACUACUGGAACACCAAGCUGAAGAAGAAGCUCAUGGGUUUUGUCAAUCCUCCUGACAAUUAUAAUUAUAAUCAUAAUUCUCAGAGAAAACUCCCACUAGUGCCAUUUCCCAACAACGAUAACAUUAUCAUUUCCUCUACUCAUGAGACCACUACUUCUUGUACCUCAUCUUUCUCACUUUCUCAACCACUUCUCAUGUCAUCACUUUCCAAAAACCACCAAUCCAAUUACUCUGGUUAUUACCUUACCCCAACAAGUACUACUAGAUCAGCUUUCUCAUCAUCAUCAUCAUCAGGAUUAGAUAGUCAAGUUUACUCAAAUAUGAUUACGUCCAUUAAUUAUUCGAACCCCAGCAGUAGUAGUACUGCUUCUGGUCUUUUCCAAACACAAGAUCAAUACAAUUACUUGGAUGGAAAUUCUAGUUAUAUGCAGUGUUGUUAUAACUAUCCUUUGAAGGAGAAUAAUCUCCUCAUGUUUGGAAGCGAAGGAAGCUGCAGUACUUCAUCUGAGGGAAGCUGCAAUUACCAGAUCAAGCAAGAGGAGAUGGGGAGAAUUCAUAGCCAGGAUUAUAAUAUGGGAAACCUUAGUUAUGAUCAGGACCAUAAUGCAAUAAGCCAGAGAUUGUUCAUGCUCAACAGUGGAGGAUCAGGCAAUGGAGAUCAAUAUGAUCAUAAUUGUCUCAACCACUGGGGUCAGAAGUCAAAUGGGUGUUUUGGAGAAACGACAUUAGAUGAUCAUCAGUACCAUGUUCUUGAGGAUCAUGUGAAGCAGCUGAUUAGUAGAAGUAGUACUACUAGUAACAACCAAGGUAACAAUUAUAAUGGGUAUAACAACUUCUUCAACAUUGAUGAAAACAAGACGCAAGAGAAGGUCAUGUACUUUUAG